CGUGGUGAUGAGAGAUUACGUACUAUAAAAUAGUGAUUAUUACAAAAGUUAACGUCACGUUGUAUACCCACCUGAGCAGCGAAAAUAAUAGGAUGUUAUGAAACUGAAACUGUAUUUCGACUUGUAGAACCAUAAUAGAGAAGUUAUUUUGUCGGUGGAACUCCACUUUCGGUGAUUUAUUAAGAAACAGCAAAGAUUCCUUGCGUGUCAUGUUGCGGUUCAGUUUUUAUGAAGAACUUCUGGAUUUCUCCAGUAUUGCUGUGCUUUGAAUCGAGCGAAAAAAAAUCCACCGGACCAUAAACAAUGAGCGCUACAAUGUUCAUACCCAGAAAUGAUCACAAUACCCUGGGAGUGGACCAUUCUUCCAGAAUUCCAAUUUCAAUGUCCCCCCUGCCCCUGAGAAGAUCCCACAGUCUGAGACUACGCGGGGAGAAGACCUCCCAAAACCACAUUCGUUUCUGUGACAACCCUCCGUCCAAACUGGGGAAUGGGGUGCCCCAAGACCUGGGGUGUUCAACCCCUUCAAAUGGCAUGGCGCACACGCGAUUGCAAAAGGUUCCUGCUGACCUGCGUGAAGUCAGAACCUCUCAUCUGUUAUCCAGGAAGUUGGUUGAUGGUUGCAAUCACCUAAAGACGGAUUUUCGUAGUUCAAGUACCCCUAAGGGGGUACCAAGCCCCCACACGCCAAGAACUAAGACCCUGUCUUUAUCCCUCUCCACUACUAAACUGCAUAAUCAGAAGUCGCCAACGAUAUCUUUGCCUUCAACUACGCCACCUACAUCUCCUUAUGGUACUAAUCAUUCUAACCUAAAUCAUGACUGGGACUCAGAAAGUCUAGGCAGUACAACCAGUAACCUAAGCUUGUCGUCCUGUGAUCAUGCUGCUAUAGCAAGAAAUGGUACUACCUUCUCUGGUAGGAGUAUGAGAUAUAUAUUCCACUGCAACCAAAAUGCUGCAGUGUCCGGUGAAGAAUAUCUGACGCCUACUCAAAGAGCUCAUCGCCAAAUCAAGAAACUCAAGAGCCUGCUACACCAAGCCCAAAUAGAGCUAGAGCAGAAAGACAGCGACAUACUGAAGCUUACAAAAGAAGUGGUGGAGUUGAGGCUUUACAAAGCUGCAAUAUGUUCACCAGACGACAGGUCGAAUUCUAGUGAUGCUGUAACAGUUAGGGAAAACAAUUCUGAUGAGCAAAUAACACCAGAAGGUGUUAAUGGUAAUGGAAAGCUUCCGAACUGUUUAGAUUCUGGUGGAUCCCACAUUGAUUCCGGACAUUUUGAAGAUUUGAAUAGAAGCUGUACUCCGGAGAGAGUAUCGUUCGAUGAAAGUGAUAGUAUUCAGUCUCCAGAAAAAUCAGAUAAAGCGGUAGAAACCUGUGAUUUUGGUAUACCAAGUAGUUCAGAGCAGAAGUUGAUUUUAGAGUACGAAAAAAGAAUCCAAGAACUAAUUAAAAUCCACGAGGAGGAGAAUUAUCAGAUGAAACAAAAACAAAAUGACAAAAUAGAAGAACUCCUUGCAAGAAUAGGUGAUAUUAACCAAAGGUAUUGGCAAGUAGUUCCUGAACUAGAGGCAGCCAAAGAAAGGAUAAAAGAUUUGGAGAAGCAACUGGAGGACAGCUGUCAAAAGUUAGAAGAUUUAGAAGCCAAAAGAAAAGAGUCUUAUGAUGAAAUGUGCAAGCAACAUGGUGCUGGAACAUCAAAAUUAACAGUUGAUUCUCAGGUUAUGGAUAUAGCAAAACGUAAUCCAUCCAGAUUGUCAGUUCCUGAACUUCUAGAAGAGCUUCAAGUAACCAAAAAUGAACUAGAAAAUCUGAAGGAUACUGAGUAUGCAUCGACGUCUAAGAACUUGCAACCAUUGCUAAGUGCUAAAGAAGCCCUAUCUUUAUGGGUUCUUGGCGCAAGAAAGGCAAUGUACCGUCAACUGAUGGAAGCCAAGAGCAAAAAUAAAAUAGAUCCAGAGAUUACACUUCAGUUCUUGAAAUCUGCUAUCUACUAUUUCUUAACAGAUAAAGAAAACACAUCUGGUCAUUUAAAGGCUAUACAAAGUAUUUUAGGCUUCAGUCAAAAUGAGAUAACCAACAUUGACAAAGCCCAGUUUCAGUAGUAUGAAAGAAGUCAAGAUGAAAAAGCCAAUACUGAUAGUUUCUAAAAGUGAAAAGGAUGCCUUUAAAUUGAUAGUUAGUUACAUUAAAAUUUUACGAAGCAUUUGUAGAAAUUCUCAACAAUACAAAUAGAAUGGAAAUUCCUAUGGAUGAUGACUGUUUCGAAUUGCCGAAAGUAUCUUCUAAUUUUUUUUAAAAAGGCUUCAAUAUUUCAAAUUAUAAUAUACAGAUAGGUAGAAUAUAACAGUGGUGCUAACUUUCAGAAAAUUAAGGGCAAAAUAUUCUGUCCGAUCAUUGGUUUUGUAAUUUUUAUAGCUUUAUGUGAUAAUGUGGCACCUAAAUUUUCCUUGUUUAUUUUAACACUAUACUAGUUUUUGUGCAGGGUAACCUAAGGUGUUGUAUGAAUGUAUUGCCAUCCAUAAAAUAGAAUAUUUACAAUGAAAUUUCAGAGAUAAAGUAGAUAUUUUCGAUAGUCAAGACUGAACUGAAUGGUUGUUCAAGUGAACUUGACCCUGUAUACAUCAAAUUUUUCCUUAAUAUUUCUAGAAUCAAUUCGUCUAUAUUUUAUUCAAUGGUGUUGUAAAAUUUUAAAAAUUAUAUUUAAAUUCUGAA